CAGACAGCGGAACGGCUGUUACGUGCUCGUUUAAGUUGGCUGCCACGUAGUUGACAUUCCUGCCAUGUAUAUAUUUUAAAGACAGCAUUUAGUGAAACGGUUUGAUUUAUCUUUUUUUGCGAGUAAGUGAGCUAUUGUCGAAAUGAUUCUUUUUUAUAUUUAUUCGCUGUUGGCCUCACUGUUUGUGCUUGUUACGGGGGGCAAACUGCCCGAGCCAGAAGUGAAAAUUGAAGUUUUACAUAAACCCUUCAUGUGUUACCGUAAGUCAAAGUAUGGAGACAUGCUUCUUGUUCACCACGAGGGAUUCUUGGAAAGUAAUGGCACGAUGUUCUAUUCCAGCCGCGAACACGGGGAUAAAAAUCCAGUAUGGUUCACUCUUGGGAUGCAAGAGGUGCUCAAGGGUUGGGAUAAGGGUCUGAAGAACAUGUGCACAGGAGAGCGCAGAAAACUGACGAUUCCUCCGUCUCUGGGAUACGGCAAGGAAGGAAAAGGCAAGAUUCCCCCAAGCAGUAUUCUCAUUUUUCACAUUGAGCUCAUGGACAUUCGAAAUGGUCCCAGGUCGCAUGAGUCUUUCCGGGAGAUGGAUCUCAAUGACGACUGGAAGCUCUGCAGAGAGGAGGUAAAAGAGUACCUGAAGAAAGAAUUUGAGAAACAUGGAUAUUCCCCUAAUGACACAAACCAUGAGGCGAUGGUAGAGGAUAUCUUCAAAAAUGAGGAUGAAGAUAAAGACGGCUUCAUAUCUGCGAGGGAAUUCACCUACCAACACGAUGAGCUCUAGAAAAACUCAUUUAGGGUUUGUUUCUUGAAUCACAUCCGAAAAUAGUGACAUGCAUUGUGAAUUAAUUACUGGGCUUAUUAUGAACAGUAUGGUCUUUCUUUUGGAUAAACAUUUGAUGGAAAAUAAGACCAAUAAUUGAUGUGAAUCUACAUUCUGCCCUAAUAAUGUUACCAUAUAUUAAUUUUGGCUCCCUAUUAGAAUUGUUUGUCUUAAUUUAGUGACUGUGAAGCUUCAGCCUUGGUGAUACAGUUUCUGGAAGUGACCCUGCGGGGGAGUUCUUCUCUGUGUAGGUCUUUAUUACGCACUAGAUGGCACUCUUGUAUCGUUCAUACAUUUCAAAAUCUAAACAACAACGACAACAUUAAACAGUGAGGAGUCCUUC